AUGGCCGAUCGCAUCGCCAACACAAACGGCAUCACAGCCCGCAAACGCAAGACUCAUCGCAAGUCUCGCCUUGGCUGCGGCAACUGCAAGAUUCGCAGCGUCAAAUGCGACGAAUCAAAGCCUACAUGCCGCCGCUGUCAAGCAUCAGGCUUCACAUGCAACUACUCCAGCACCGGCCCAACUCUGCAGCUCUCUCGCUCCAGCGUCUUUAGACUCAGCCUCGCUCCCACCCAAGCCAGGCCUGCAUCUGCAUCUACAUCUGUCGAUGGCCUCUUUCGAGAAGCGUACCUCCAGCCUGGCCUGCGGAUCCCCAUCGUCCUGCCUCUGCAGGGCAGACUGGGCGAAUAUGCUCUGCGGCCAGAGGACCACGCCGCCCUGAGCCGGUUCUACGACAGGACGGCGUGUACACUGGGGACUCCCACCACGCGGAAGGGAUAUCUCAAAGUGCUGUAUAGCCUUGUAGACGAACACGCAUUCCUCAUCCACGUCCUCCUCGCCAUCACCCUCCUCCACGACACCCACCUCUCCUCAGCCCCCCUCCCCCCCUCCCACGACCUCUCCCUCGCCUUCCACUGGUAUCACGGCACCGCCAUCCUCAAGCACUUCCUCGCCCUCCCCUCGCCAGCCACAACCCUCUCCUCCACCCACCGCGACGCCCUCUGGGUCUGCGCCUCCAUCCUCGGCGCCACGUCCUUUGCCUCCGUCCGCACCCAGGACCCCCUCGCCGCCUGGCCGCUGGCCGACCCGAACCCGGCCGUCGACCUGGACUGGCUCAAGAUGGGCUACGGCAAAAAGGUCGUCUGGGACAUUGCCGACCCGUCGCGCCCGGAGAGCGUCUUCCACAAGACGCUCUACAACACGCCCAUGCAGCAGACGUUUGACAUGGAGGCCCCCGUCAGCGAGGGCAUAUUGCCGCCGCUGCUCUACUCCUUUUUCAACCUCUCGCCCUCGACCGCGGCGUCGACUGUCUCGGAGGAUGCAAAGUCUUACCAUUCUGCGUGCGUCAUCUUGUCCAUCCUGUGGGUCAACAAGAUCAACGAGCACAACGCCAUCCUCUUCCUCACAUUCAUCACGCACAUUGACCCAAACUAUAGGUCUCUCAUCGAAAACAAGGACCACCGGGCACUGCUCCUCCUCUUGUAUUGGCACUGCCUCGUGGUGCCCCUCGAGAGUUGGUGGAUGCGUCGACGAUGCGUCGUGGAAGCCAAAGCGAUUUGCAUGUAUCUCGACGACAAGUGUGCGGAUGACGAAGCUUUUAUAGAGCUGUUGGAAUUGCCAAAGCAAGUCCUGGCAAAUGCGCAUUGA